AUGGCAGCCAGCACUGUCAAUCGCUCAAGCUUUGGUCCCACUGCCAUCAGAGCUGACAAGAUCAAGUUCGGCCGCUCGACACCGGAUUCCGAGGCUUUCGCAUCUUCAGAGGACGAGCCUGAUCUCUCUCACUCAGCUUCUUCAGUGACUGUGCGUCCGAAUGCCGCAGCAGGUAUUCGAAGAUCCUCAUUCCUUAGCGAGAUCAAGUCAGGAGAUCUGAGGAAGCCGUCCGUCACUGGCGCUAUCAUGCCUCCAAAUGGCUCACAGCCCUCAACGCCAUCUGCCGAACACAACCCAUGGACCUUCGGAUCAACUCUAGGUCGCGUUCCUUCAAACGGCUCAAAUGGAGGCGCAUGGGCUGCUCCAAACUCGAUCUGGGGAGCUGACCGACGAGAAAUGCCUCUUCGAUUGAAUGAUGGAACACCUGCUUCAUAUCUUCCUCAGCAAAGCCCGGGUGUCGUAGAUUCGACCGAGUCAUUCCCUUUCAACAUCCCACUGCAACCUAUUCUCAAAACUCACAGAUCUCAGUCCUACUCCGUUGGACAACUCGACACUGAGGUAGGUCCCCAGAGCCCUGGCGCAGUAGGCACACCUUCAAGGGCACGUGCCGGCGUUCCUGGCUCGCAGUACCGUCCUAUGCGUCCGAGCGGUCUUGGUGAAACGAUCUAUGCCGAAGGCAGGCCAUUGGGACAGCUGAGUGAAGUCGAAGAUGAUGAAGGGCCUGAUCAAGGGGUCCUUCUUGCCAAUCCUAGAGCACGCCAGGAUCCGAUCUCAGAUGUCAGCAACGCCUUGCUCCGCUUGGCGACCCACGAGAGCGCACGCGCAAAACACGGAUCUGCCUCACUCGCUGCUUCAGCUGCCGAAGACGUUCGUCGCUCCAUGUCUGACAACUAUGCACAAUCUGGCGCAGAGUCCGCCAUAGAAGACGACGACUCCGAACAGCUUUAUCCCGGACGAUCUCUCAAUCUCAGUCAAUCCAUGGCCCAAGACGGUACUCACCGUAGCAUGUGGUCCACUUCCCUUGGCUUCGGCAUGGACGACCUGACUCAAAGCAGAAGGCAUUCGCUGGCAGACAUUCCAACUCGCCGCGGGUCGCUCGUCGGUGGUUUAUCUGGUCCUGCUCAAGGGUACAACAGUGUUGGUUCAGCGUUGGGCAUGUUGCCUCUUGGACCAGAAAACGGCAACAAUGGUAGUGCUCGCUCGGACCACCGCCAAAUGUCUCACGAUCUCGAGACAAAUAUGACAGAAUCCGACAUGCAGCACAGAGCUUAUGCGCAGAACUACUUCUCAGGUGCAGCUACAGCCCACAGAAAUCGUGCCGAAUCGACAAGUCUCAUGAUGAACAACAGCCUACAGGGCCCUUACUCAUCAGCUGCGGCUACAGGUGGUGCUUUUGGCCGUCAAGGAUGGAGUGCUCCGCUCUACAUCGUCACCUUCAAGUGUUCGAGAUCCGGUAUCUUUUACAUUCAUGAGGGCACAGGUCUUGAUGUCAAGGAAGGUGAUCUGGUCAUUGUCGAAGCAGAUCGUGGUCAAGAUCUAGGAACCGUCACUCACGCCAAGAUCGACUGGCCCAGAGCAAAGGNNGAAGCCCUAGAGAAGACAGGGGAAGAUCACUACAAGUGGUUGAUGAUGUUCUCGCGCCACAACCUUGCCUUGACUGACUCAGAAACACGCGGCCUCAUGGCCUCGAAUGGAGCAGAUCAUGGCAGCAUGCACAGAGAUAGACCUUUAGAUGAAUACCCUCCUGGCAUGGGUGGACCCCCAGAACUGCCACAGGAGCCCACUAAGCCGAAGAUGAUCAAACGUCUCGCUCAACCACAUGAGAUUGCCAACCUUCGCGAGAAAGAAGGAAACGAAGCCAAGGCCAAGAGGAUCGCUCAGCAGAAGGCCAACGAGCAUAAUCUCAAGAUGGAGAUCCUGGACGCUGAAUUCCAACUUGACUGGAAGAAGCUCACCUUCUACUUCUACUCUACUGAGUACAUUAACUUCAAUCUCCUUGUCGGAGAUCUGUUCAAGAUCUACAAGACACGAAUUUGGUUGUCGGCCAUCAACCCUGCCGCUUUCCGCUCGCGUCCCAAUCAACCACCCAGCUCCAUCGGACCCCGCGCUAUCCAGCCCGGCGCUUCGCCUAGAACCAUGAACCCCACAGCGUCUUCCUUCUUCGUGCCUCGUGCCGGAGGGCGCCCGAGUUAUGCCGAGGACGUCACAGGUGCAACUCCUCAGGCGUAUCAUGAGACUCCAAUGAGCCAGGCUCAGAUGCAAGGUCAAACAGGAUCACGCAAUGGCUUCGGCAGGCCAGCAUACUUUGGUUCAAGUGGUUAUCCUGGUGCUUCCGAACAACCUUGGUACAUGCCAGUGGGAUCUUAUGGCCAGCAGCCGUCUGAAACAUUCUACGGCAGCACUCCUUCGCCUUCUCACGACCAGUCUUUCAGACCUGCUCCAGCAUUCGGCCAGAGUCUUCUGAGAAACGGAACUCGUCAAACACGUCCCGGCGACUUUGGUCAGCUGCGCUAG